GAGAGAGAGAGAAACACAGAAUGGGUUGAGAAACGUAACAAGACAAUACUACAACACAGUGAACAACAACAUAAGAAGAAGAAAAAGGUUGUUCCUCUCAGCGAAUGGGUGGAAGAUGGAGAAGAACCCUCUCCGUUAUACAUAACCUCCGCAUAGCACCGCCUUUGCUAUCCAAACUCCACUUUCAUUCACCUUUACUAUCCAAACCCCACUUUCCCUCCCCUUUUUUCACCAACCGUUUUCUCACUGUUGCUGCUGCAAUCCCUUGUCAUCUCGACCCGGAUCCACUUCAUCUGGAUGGAGCCCCGGAAAAUGAUCCAUCUGUUAAAAUCCCCAUUAAGGCCUUUUUCCUCUCCACCAGUAUAAAUUUAAAAGGCAUCCAGGCUGACAAUCCGAGAAACAUUGUACCUCCAUCUUCCCGAUCAGCAUUAAACUACGUUGCUCUUCGGUUCUGCAACUUUAAUUUGGACGCCAAUGGACCUGGAUUUCACGUGAAAGCGAGCAACUGUCGUUAUAUGGUUGUGUACCAGUAUGGAUCUGCUGUUUUGUUUAACAUUGAGGACCAUGAAGUGGAUGCUUACCUGCAAUUAGUUACGAGGCACGCAUCUGGUUUACUUUCAGAGAUGAGGAAAGAUGAUUAUGCAAUAAGGGAGAAACCACAAUUAGUUGAGGAUAUGCAAGGGGGUCCAGACUACAUAGUUCUGAAAUCUUUAGACACCGACGGUAUUCGUUUAAUUGGAAGUGUGCUUGGACAAAGCAUAGCCCUGGAUUAUUUUGUCUCACAGGUUGAUGGUUUAGUUGAAGAGUUUGCAGGCAUAAAUCGAGGAAUGGAGAAAACCGGAACUUUCACAAUGGAUAAAAAGAAGCUGCUUCAGCUUGUUGGGAAGGCUAACUCGAAUUUGGCCGACGUUAUUCUUAAAGUUGGUCUCUUCGAAAGGUCAGAAAUUGCUUGGAGGGAUGCAAAGUAUGCUCAAAUAUAUGAGUAUCUUAGGGAGGAGUACGAAGUAGCGCAGCGCUUUGGAAACCUUGAUUUCAAAUUGAAAUUUGUAGAGCACAACAUUCAUUUUUUACAAGAAGUUCUCCAGAACAGGAAGUCAGACUUCUUGGAAUGGUGCAUUAUUGGUCUAUUGACAAUUGAAAAUGUUAUAUCCCUAUACGAGAUUCUAAAAGAUUCAAAUGCAGUGUCAUAGUAAAGUAGUAGCAGAGAGGUUGAAGCUAGAUAAGUUAUUGUGAUAGCAUUUCUUCUCAUUUUUGAGCCAAUCAUAAUUUUGCCCCUUUGUAUUUAUGAUGAAUAAAAUUCACAUAUUCUUUGAAAUUUAUUAGAAAUGUGAAAACUUCAAUAGUUUCUAAGAAAAGUUAUAUAAGUCAUAACCCCCAUCCCACACAAUAAGAAAGGAUAUCAGCUAUACAUAUUAAAUUUAUGCUUGCUUUAGUGAUUGUUAGUCUAA